GGCACUUGCUCGGUUCCUGUAGCGCUUUACAAGGACCGCUGUAUGUCCCCUCAAGAAGUCUCAAGCAAUUUUCUGGCUGCCAUCUCAUGUGUUGUCUCUCAUCCCCGCCUCUCACGAAAACAUCUUCCAACAUCAAGAAACUUCUGCGGUUAGCGGCGGAAGGCGCACUGAAGGUUCCCCGGUUGCACUGCGACCGCCCCCCAUGCAGUGAGCUGGUUCGGUGUGGGAGAUGUCAAAAACGCCCUGUUUCUGUCUCGAUGGUGUGUUACCCCUCUUUAUUUUUUAUGUCCGCUGACCUUUUGCACCAACCUGUCUCACCCUGGCAUCAAUUGAAUGAUAUCUCUGGUUCGGUACCUACGCAGUAAGGUACUCUGUUAACGUGAUCCUCCUGCCUAAAGCACGCCCUGCAGAAUGCCACCCUAGACCUCCUAACCUCCUUGUCUCGAACAGUCAACGGCCUCUCUUCCUACCAUCUGGGCCGAACUCACACUCGCCGGCCAUCCGACUCAACCAGCCUCUCCCCGGCCGCCGGUUUACUGAUCUAGGACUAGUCAUCUGCCCGGAUCCGCUCCCGCUUCGAAACUGUGUUUGUCAGCCUUCCCACCCUUGCCUCAGUUCUCGGAUAAGGCAAAUCAAGGCCUGCAGAGUCACUCGCCGUCUCUUCCUCUCAUACAUAAAACUAUUUUGUGCCCCCCUGCCUUCUGCAGUCUUUCCCCCAUUUGUUUUGUUCCUUUCUCGGGACUUUUUGUAUACCAAUUCCUCUCAUCUGGAGAGCAUAGACUUAGUUUCAAGAGAGUCUUAUUUUGCCUCCCGAUCCGUGGCAUACAUCUUACACACAUCAGUGGAGCCAACUGUGACAUCUCGAGGCCACUGCCUCUCAGAAACUCAGAACUCAACUCCGUCGUUCUUCUGAUCUACUAGGCAUAAUCGUACACCAUGACUAGUCAUAAGAAUGAUGGGCCAAAGCUGCCUGUGCAGCAGCUGGCCAUUCUCGCCAUUGCCAGGUUCGCCGAGCCCCUUGCACUCACCUCAGUCUUCCCCUAUCUUCCAGAGAUGAUCGCUAGCUUUGGGGUAGAGAAGAAUGAGGUUGCAAGAUGGGCAGGUCUUACCGGUGCCAUAUUCUCUAUAAGUCAGAGCUGUACGGCUGUGGCAUGGGGACGGGCGUCAGAUAAAUUUGGAAGGAAACCCAUCAUCCUGAUAGGGUUGCUCAGCACGAUGAUUUGCUUUCUUGUCUGGGGUAUGUCGACAAGCUUGCCCAUGGCCAUCACCGCAAGAGCUAUCAUGGGAAGCGGCAACGGCAAUGUUGGCAUCAUCAGAACCAUGGUAGCCGAAAUGGUGCCGGAAAGAGUUCUUCAGCCCAAAGCCUUCUCGCUCAUGCCCCUUGUGUGGUCAAUAGGCUCUGUCUUUGGGCCUGCCUUUGGUGGCUUCUUUGCUCAGCCUGCCAAGCAGUUUCCCAACGUUUUUGGGAACAUUGAGUUCUUCAAGACUUACCCCUUUGCUUUGCCAAAUAUCAUGGCAUGCUGUGUGUUUUUCAUUUCUUUCAUGACCGGGUUGUUGUUCCUCAAGGAAACACUCGAAAGCAAACGCAACAAACGCGACUGGGGCCUCGAGCUCGGCGAGAAACUAACUCGUCCCUUCCACCGCUCCAAGCGUACCAAGAAUCUCAGGAGGCGCUCCUUUGUUGAUAGCGAGGCAUCUGCCCCUCUGCUUGCCCAGUCCGCCAUGUCAAGCAGCUCUUCGCACUUGGAAUCCAAGCACUCCGAUCCAGUAUCGAUGAAGGACAUUUUCGCCCCUCAGACGUCGAUAAACCUCAUCUGCUACACCUUCUUGGCUCUUCACUCAGUAGCGUACGACCAAGUCCUGCCUGUGUUCCUCAACUACCCCCGUGUGAUCCCUGACGAGCACAACACCUCCCUCCCGUUCAAGUUCACCGGCGGCUUCGGCCUCAGCUCGGACAAAAUCGGCACAAUCUACACGGUCUAUGGCAUCUCCUGUGGAGUGAUUCAGUUUUUCCUGUUUCCCAAGCUGUGUGCCAUGUUUGGUGUGCUGGGAAUCUACCGCUUUGCCACCGUCGUAUUCCCUAUAAUAUACUUCUUGACGCCCUACACAGUUCUCGUCCAGGAUACCACCGCUCGGUACAUCUUCUUCUUGACCAUCAUGCUGGUCAAAGGAUUUGUCGUUAUUGUUGCCUUCCCUUGCACCACCAUCCUCCUGACCAACUCUGCUACCUCCCUCCGGAUCCUUGGGACCUUGAACGGAGUAGCGACGACCUUUUCCGGACUAGGGAGAGCUGCGGGGCCCGCCGCUGCCGGUGCGGUCUUCAGCUGGGGCGUGCAGAGAGGAUACGUGAUUGCAGCGUGGUGGUUCCUGGGGUUAAUCGCCUUGAUGGGGACGAUCCCGCCUUGGUUUAUUAUCGAAGGUGAUGGCCCUACCGCUUCCUCGACAGCCACAUCAACUUCCACCUCUGACGGGGAAGAAGAGAGCCUGCUCCAGCGUGACGACGACGACGAUAGCAGCGUUGACGGGUACGACGAAGUAGCUGUUUUAGAAGCAUUGGAGGGCGAGGAGUCAGAAUCGGAGACUGAGCCCGGGAAGGAAAGGAAAAAGAGGACAACGAACGGGAGUUAUGGAACAAUGAAUAAUGGGACAGCGAGUUGAAUGAAAUAUCAUGAUGGAUGAAGAGACGGGAAAAGAAACGAUAGAGCAUACGAAGGAAAGAAGGUCAUGACUGAACGGGUGUGUGUUUCUUUUGGCUGAUGAUACCAGAUUUCUUUUUUUUUCUUUCGGCAUAUCCAUCAAGCAUAUGACAUAUCACCUGGGCGGUGUUUUGGGGAUAAGGAAUUUAAAAAGUUUUGUUGUUUUGGUUGUUUGAAUAGAAGGAAUGAAUUGUCUUUUCACCAUAACUCAUCCUGGUACCUUACCGAC